AUGCAGCCGGCUGCGUCCCAGAGUUGGUUCCGUGACGUUGUGCUUAGCAGCACAACACCAUGGCCGCUCAGCCACGCCACUUCCAACAACAAAGCCUUCGGUGUCGCAGGCUUGGAGCUGUCGCUGGCGGUGCAGCGUGAGCGCAGCGACGAGGAGGAGGAGGUGGCGCCGCUCUCGGCGCUGCUGCACGAACAGGGACUCUUUACGGCCGGCAUGUUGAAUCCGUUUAUAUUCACCUACGGCGAGAGAUACCUCAUCUCCGCAUUCCAGGAAGAGGUGCUGUCCCUGCCACCCCCAUACGAGACAAUGUGCAGCCAGUACGACAGCAAGAGCGGCGAGUACAGCUACGCAGACGGCGUCGUCCAGUCCGAGGAGUGCAGCAGCAAGUGCAUUGCGGACAACUGGCAACAACACUGUAGCUGCUUCUCCAAGCUGUACUCGGUGAAACACAGGCGCCACGGCCCUAUCUGCGAGUACAUCGAUCACCUCCGGUGCACCGACAAAAUGAAGCGGCAGCUUUGGCUGCACAGCUGCCAGUCAGCCUGCACCAGGCCCUGCCGUGAGGUGCGCUACAAGGGCCUGGUGUUCAGGACCGGCAUCGUCACGGGGGCUUCAGACAAUCGCUCGCUGGUGCAUGUCACGGUGGUCAUGGGUUCCAACAAGAAGAAGACAAUCUACACCUUUCCCAGGAUACCUAUGGAAGACUUGAUGAUCUACAUUGGUGGCCACGUCGACAUGUGGUUGGGUUUCGCGCUCAUCGGAGUCUGCGGAGCUGUUCUCGACUUUGCCGUCAAGUGUUCUAAGUGGUUCAGUCGGAACAACCUGUCGGUCGAACUUCUACUGGAGCCACCUUAUAAGGCAGACCAACCCCAAGAUCCUGACGAGAGGAGAGGGGAGCCGUCUGUUUUCCUUCUAGCAUUACCAGAAUAAAGCCAGCUGGUGCUCGCAUCUCUCGGACCUCGCAACUUGCAAAAAAAGCGCAGAAAAUUUUGCCACGGUCGACAACUUCGGUACGUGAUUGAAGGUGUCUUCCGUGCACGUCCAACAGCAAUUGGUAAAUAAAU